GUUAGCGUUGUUGCUCGCCAUAUCUCGCGAGAACUCGUCGUAAACGUUAAAUAACCUUUGGCACAGUUUCUGCAGCACUGAGGAGCGAGCAGCUACAGUGAAGAUGAACAGGGCUUUUAGCAAAACGAGCCUCAAACAUUUGAGUGGUCUCCUCCAAAGGUUUCAAAGCACCUUGGUGGUUGCAGAGCACAACAAUGACAAGUUGACCCCCAUUACGCUCAAUGCCAUCACUGCUGCCAGCAAGCUGGGUGGAGAAGUGUCUUGUCUGGUUGCUGGAACAAACUGUGCAAAGGUUGUGGAACAAAUCAGCAAAGUACAGGGUGUAAAGAAAGUCCUAGUGGCUCAGCAUGACUCCUACAAAGGUGCCCUUCCAGAGGAGUUGACUCCACUGAUCUUGGCAACACAAAACCAGUUUAACUUUACCCACAUCUGUGCGGGUGCAUCUGCAUUUGGAAAGAAUCUACUUCCCAGAGUGGCAGCGAAGUUGGAUGUUGCACCAAUUUCAGAUAUUAUUGAGAUCAAGUCUCCAGACACAUUUGUUAGAACCAUCUAUGCAGGAAAUGCUUUGAGUACAGUUAAAUGUAAUGAGUCGGUCAAGGUCUUCACAGUCAGAGGGACGUCCUUCGAAGCUGCUUCAACAGAGGGAGGAAGUGCCACUUCAGAAGAUGUGGCUUCCUCUUCACCCACUGGCAUUUCUGAGUGGCUUGAACAGAGUCUAACAAAGAGCGACCGUCCAGAUUUGACGAGCGCUAAGGUUGUCGUGUCAGGAGGAAGGGGGUUGAAAAGUGGAGAAAACUUCAAGCUACUUUAUGACCUUGCUGACAAAUUGAAUGCUGCAGUUGGUGCAUCGCGAGCUGCAGUUGAUGCUGGGUUUGUCCCCAAUGACAUGCAGGUUGGACAGACAGGCAAGAUUGUAGCGCCGGAGUUGUACAUUGCUGUUGGUAUCUCUGGAGCUAUUCAACACCUGGCUGGAAUGAAAGAUAGCAAGACUAUUGUGGCCAUCAACAAGGACCCAGAGGCUCCCAUUUUUCAGGUGGCUGACUAUGGCUUGGUUGCUGAUCUUUUUAAGGCUGUUCCUGAGAUGACAGAAGCACUGAGCAAGUGAGGAUAAACAGUCAUAUCAGCACCCUCCAAACCUCCAUCACUUCACACAGCUGGAUCUCACGGUUGGCAGAACUUUGAGCACGGGAAGGCUCAGUUACUGCCUUGACACAUUUUUGAAGCUGUGAGCAUUUGUAAGGAAGUCAUUGUAUGAAGUGUCUGACAAAACAAAAUGGCAGAUUUGAUGUGUACACAUUAAUAUCACUGGACAGGUUGUACUUACCUUUGGUAAGUAACAGGAAGUUUUUUUGGGAAACCUUCAUUUGUCUCUAGACUCAACUGUGAUGUAGUUGACAAUGAGAUGAUCUAAGAAACAAUGCAUUAAAAAUAUAACAAAUUUA